AUGGCGUGGACGGAGCUGGAAGGCGAUAAAGAAGAGCUUGUUGCCUUCGCGAAAACGCCGGCGCUGAUCGCCCUGGCCAAGAAUUCGCGCGACUUCAUUUGGCUUUUGAAAGCAGCUCGCCCCCAAGCCGCCGUCAAUUUCCGCCAGAACGCCCCGACUACUACUGAAGAAAAUAAAGAGAAACUGGAUUCUGGAUUCGAGCAGCGCAAACAGCGCGUGGUGGGGCUGAACCAAGCCAUGAAAGAACUCGGCGAGGAAGGGAUGAGGAUCUACGAGGAGGACUUUAUGGCAAUGAUGACGGCAAACGAACAGCUGCGUGCGGCGAAGGAAAUUCAAAGGCCAGGAGGUACCUAUUCAAGUUUCGCCACUGAGUCGAAAUGUCAGAUCGUGCGACUCGAGGCUCUGCUUGACUCGCGGCAGCCCGGAUGGCGUCAGACCAUGGAGUACCAGCGUACGGGAUCCGCGUCCCAAAAUGAGGUGUGCAAGACCGCCACCACCGUGGCGCCCGGCGGGAAUGUGAACGAAGAAUGUGAUCGAGUCGCCGAUGGCCUGAAAGUUUCCCUAUUUGACAUCGAAUGCUCGCGACUCGAGCAGCUCCAGUACACGUACCUCCUCCGGCAUGAACUUGCCGAGGAUGACAAGGAGUCAGCUCAUCUGAAGGCGUUGCUUCGUCAGUCGCGCCACCCGGGAGGAAGCAGUGCCUCGGUAAGGCCGUCGAUGUUCGAUGAAGAGGAUCUCCAGCUUGGCGUCGUCGAUGGUCAUCUGCGCAUCACGUCCAUUUCCCUCGUUGAUCCUGCCGUGAAUGAGAGCGCUUCCGAGGCUCACGCUGUAUCUACCGCCACCGCCGCGCCCGGCGGGACGAAGACCCAGGAUAAUGCCCUUCAGGUGGUGCAGCCGACCUGGUUCCAGAAGUUGGGCCACGCGAUCCGGUACCUGGCGUGCUGCCGCCGUGGUCCGGACGACGACCCGCGCCCUUUGCAGCGACAGGCCGGAGGAGCGGAUGGCCCCGCCCAGAACUUUGCCCAGCUCCACGUUUUCCCUAUGCUGCUCACCGCUGCGAGGCGUCAGGCCGCGCUCAACUUUCAGCAGCGUGAGCCGUCGACCAGCGAGGCUUACAAGGAGAAGCUCGACACCGAUUGGCAGCAGCGGCUGAAGCGCAUGCAGGUUUUCGGCGAAUCAAUGAGGAAGAUGGCAGACAAUGGAGCGAGCAUUUACGAGACCGAGUUGGCCAGUUUGAUGGAGUGCAACGAAGCGAUCCGAACGUUGCAUCAGACGAAGUUUUCCGAGGUCUCGAAAUUGCGUGCAGAGCUGGACGUCGAGCAGCCCGGCUGGCGUCAGGAUGGCCGCUUCUUCCAGCGCUCGCUCUUCACCACCAACUCUUGGCGUGUUCAAGGCGUCGCCCACCAACUUAAGCCGCACUGCCAACGAAAAGUGCUCGAAGAGAUCAGCCGACCGCCGCCGCAUUCGAUGCAGUCGCUCUGCCAUGCUCCGCAUUACCGUCCAAUGCGAGCCGAUGAAACCCGGGAUGGUCUCUUCGAAAGGAAGGCCUUCAUCCUGUACUUCACGCGAAUUUAUCGCGCGAAGUAUGGCUGGCUCGAAGGGCGCUUUGAGGCCAAGAUGCAGGGCGGCUUCAAGAUGGCGAUUCCUCGGCGACGCACCACUGGCGUCGACUGGGUGCUUUCGAAUGACAAGGAAUGCGCCAUUUUGCCGAACAGC